AAGCGCCCUAACUACUGGAGGUGGGAGCGCGCGAAGGUCCAGUCCACCGCGUGCUCAGUAAACAAACAAGCAUAGAACGAUGUGCUUACCCGUGAAGCGGCAGGUGCUUCGGGCUCUGUGGCUUUUUGCCGUUUUGGACACGGGGCUGCUGCUGGACGGCGGCAUGCUGUACCCGCGGGAGUCCUCCUCACGGGAGGUGAAGGAGCUCAGCGGGCUGUGGGUCUUCAGGGCUGACCGGUCCCCAAGCAGGAAGCAAGGCUUCGACGAGGCUUGGUACAAACGACGCUUGGAGGAGACUGGACCUGUGAUUGACGUGCCAGUUCCUGCCAGCUACAAUGACAUCACCCAGGACCCUGCAAUCAGAGAUUUCAUUGGCUGGGUGUGGUACGAGCGGGAGUUGGUGGUGCCGACCCACUGGAUCCGGGAUGAUACCAUUCGUGUGGUUCUCAGGGUGGGAAGUGCCCACUAUAAUUCCGUUGUGUGGGUGAACGGCGUGAGCGUGACCCAGCAUGAAGGAGGCCACCUUCCCUUUGAGGCUGAGGUUAGCGAUGUUAUCCGGAAGGACCCAACUGGGUCUUGUAGGAUCACCAUUGCUGUCAACAACACUCUGACCCUGCAGACUCUGCCUCCAGGCAACAUCCAGUACAUGAAUGACCGCACCAGGUAUCCAGAUGGUUUUUUUGUGCAAAGCAUCUACUUUGACUUCUUCAACUAUGCGGGCAUUCACCGUCCUGUGCUGCUGUACACCACUCCAAAAGCCUAUGUAGAUGACAUCACCGUGGUGACCGACUUCUCCGACAACACAGGGCUGGUGUCAUAUAUAGUGUCGGUGAAAGGCGCCGUAACCGCCGCUUUGAAGGUCACUUUGAUGGACAAACAAGGUCACUGCGUGGCGUCUUCUAAUGGGCCGUUUGGAGUCCUCAAAGUGCAAGAUGUUAAACUGUGGUGGCCAUACUUGACCCACGAGAAUCCAGGUUACCUUUACUCUAUGGAGGUUCGCCUCAAUGCUGCUGAUGGGAGAACAACAUACGAGGAUGUGUACACUCUUCCUGUUGGCAUCCGCACCGUUAACGUCACCAGCACCCAGUUUCUUAUCAACAACAAGCCUUUUUAUUUCCAUGGGGUCAAUAAGCACGAGGAUUCAGAUAUUCGAGGCAAAGGCUUAGACUGGCCCCUGAUUGUUAAAGACUUUAAUUUAUUGAAGUGGUUGGGGGCCAACUCGUUCCGCACCAGUCACUACCCGUACGCCGAGGAGAUCCUGCAGAUGUGUGAUCGCCAUGGCAUUGUGGUGAUCGAUGAGAGCCCAGGGGUGGGCAUCAAAGACAUUCGCAGCUUUGGAAACGCCUCCCUGAGUCACCAUCUGAUUGUCAUGGAGGAGCUGGUGCGCAGAGACAAAAACCAUGCCUCUGUGGUCAUGUGGUCCGUGGCGAAUGAGCCCGCUUCAGAGAUGCCACCCGCUGAUUAUUAUUUCAAUACUGUAAUAAAGCACACCAAAGACCUGGAUCCUACCAGACCUGUCACCUUUAUCUCAAGCAGCAACUUUGCAAGAGACAAAGGAGCUCCUUAUGUGGACGUCAUUUGCAUAAACAAUUACUUCUCCUGGUACCACGAUCCAGGCCACCUGGAGGUCAUCCCCAUCCAGCUCAACACCGAGUAUGAGAACUGGCAUGGAAAGUACAAGAAGCCCAUCAUCCAGAGUGAAUACGGAGCGGAUGCAGUGCCGGGAGUCCAUGUUGAUCCUCCUGUGAUGUUCACCGAGGAGUAUCAGAAGAUAGUCCUGCAGAACUACCAUAAGGUGUUCGAUCAGAAGAGGGCGCAGUACCUCAUUGGGGAACUCAUCUGGAAUUUCGCCGACUUCAUGACCACACAAGGAGUCACGCGUGUUGUGGGGAACAAGAAAGGCAUCUUUACACGGCAAAGGCAACCCAAAGCAGCAGCCUUCGUCCUGAAGGAAAGGUACUGGAGGCUGGCAAACGAAACAGGCAGACUUCCACUCUGGACCAAGUACCCCUGUUCUCUCUGACAAACUCAGACCAGAAACCAUGCAAGCAAAAGUUAUACCAACUUCUGUCAGUAGAAUAUUUGUUAAAGGUCUGUUAAUAUUAGUGUUGCUGGUAUUUGGCUUUGAGGACAUAUGCUGUGGAUUUAAACUAGAACUAAUGUUUCAAUCCAAAUCCAGAUUUUGGUUUUAUUUUAAAAGAAAGCUAAAGCAGAUUCCUAAAUAAGCACAAGCAGAUGUACUAAGGUGCUGCUAAAAGAAAAACAUAACUUUAAUGAAUGUUAAAAUCCAAAGAGUUCAAGGUGAUUUUAAUUCAGUUUAGUUUAAACGGACCAAACUGGUUAGCAAAUAUAAGUGACCAACAGAUGGCUUUAAACUGAAAACUCCUUUUAAAUACAUGAACAGGAAGGAACCAUCAGAAACUGAAUGUACCUAUUUGCUCAACUGCCUUUUCUUUUUAUUCAAUUAUUUGAAGAAGUUUUGGUUCUUCUGGAUGAAUCAGUUCAGCAGCAACGGACAGGUAGAUCUCCGAUCCAGAUCGUUUUACUUGUUGAAUGUUUGCUAUCAUUCAAAGUGGUUUACUUUCAUCUUUAGCUCCUUUUCAGUGAGUAAAACACAAAAGUUUUAACAUAGGCGGAGAAUUAAAAAGGACGUCUGUAAAGUAGAACUGGAUUUUGUCACGGUGAACUCCAAACAUUCCAGUUCAAGGAGCUCCACCACUUCAACACUUUUCUCAGUAGCUAUUCGUAAAACAUAUGUGGCUUAGAAUUCAGGUCAAACACAUCACACUUAGUGCACAUUAUAUUACACAGUAUGAGGGCCACACUUUAAAGAAAAAAAUGAAUACUUUUACAAGAAUAAAGUCAGAAAAUUAUAGGAAAAAAAGUUUUAAUUAUACAAAAAUAAAGUAGUUUACAAGAAUAAAGUCAUUAGUUAUUUUAUAAGAAUAAAAUAGUUAUAAAAAUAGUCUAAAAAACAUAAAUGUACAAGAAUAAAGUCAUAAAAUUAUGAGGAAAAAGUAAAGAUUUUAUGUAAAUAAACUCAUGGAAUAAUGAGUAAAGGGCUCAAUACUUUAUGGUACUGAGAAUUUACAAGAUUAAAGUUUUGUAUUUAUUAGGCUAAAAUCUGUUUACUAAGAAAAGCAUAAACAACAAAAAAGAGCAGAAAUUGUUUACUGUAAGCGGUUACUUCAGUGUUGGUUUCACAAAUAAGGAAAUACUACGACUUUUAGCCAGUUAACAUUGUUUUAUUAUAAGCAUAAGGUUAUUGAAAAUAAUUUGCCUUUUCAGAAGAAGAUUGUGGAUGGAGGCAUAUAUUUUCAAAAAAGCAUGCCUUUUUUACCUUGUAAAAUUAUGAAUUUCUCAUGAUUUUACAGAUUUUUGGUUUGGUUUUUUUCGUAAAAUUAGGAUUUCUUUCUCAUAUGUUUACGACUUUCUUCGUAAUGGAUUUGUUUUUAUGGUAGCCGUAAUCCUCAAAAAAUUACGCUUAAAAUAACCUUUAGUGGAGACCAACCUAUUGAUGGGAGCAAAAGAAAAACAUUUGGGUUUUUACUCACAUUGUCUGUGUAAUAUUUAGUUUUUCUUUCCAAAACUCUCAUUUUUAAUUCAUGCAUUUACUUUAAUCUCUAUUGUGGAAAUGUUAUUUCAAAGUCAUGGUUGUCUGUUUACGGGAUUAUUUUUCUAAAUGAAAAUCUGGGGAAUGUAAUUUUUUGAUUAAAAACAAUAAAUACAAUUUUCAUAAUG